UCCCGGCGUCGCUUGUGAAGGUCCGCUUGUUUUAAAGGCAGAGAAAUCCUGACCGGCGGCCGCCAGCUGAGAGACGGACGGCACAUGCAUGCUGUCUCUGCUGCCCCGCCAAGCUUGGGAGGUCCAGGCGAGCGUGGACAGAGGGGGCAUCAGUACCUUCGUGUUGCAUUCCUUGGUUUUGCCCUCAAUGCGUGACAGUCAAGCACACAGACGGGCUGCCGUCCGUUGUCUCCUGGGGUGACCGAGGUGACGUCGGAUCGUCCAAGGAAUGGCUGUCUGGUUUCCGGUUUGUGGGGAUUUUACCAGGCCGGAGCUCCCCCUUACUUGGUUCUUACUUGGUUCCAACACGGGCUGGCCAGGUAGCGGCUGGAAUUGGUGUUUGCUUUAAAUCCUGCCCCUCUCCUCUGUCCCCUCGCCACCUCUCCAUCUGUUCCUCCUCACUUCCGCCCUCGGCUGCAUUGCGCCUGCCAUUGCCAUUGCCGCUGCUCUCCAAAUUGAGCUUGUCACCACAACUUUUCUUCGCCCAUCAACUACUGUCUAACCAGACCAAGGCCAUAGCUGCCAACUGACGCCCCAAGCUUAGCUAGUCCUUACGAUACCGCCCAGCCAUGGCGUUUGCCAACCAUAGCCCCCUGAUCGUGGGGAUCCUCCUCCUCUUCGCCUUUGCGCCGGGUGUAGCUGCCUUCGGCGCGGGGAACAUCGCGAGCAUCUCCAAGAUUGAGGGCCAGAACUGGCGCCACGGAGAUAUCGAGGAUGCUCUUCUCAAGCUUGUCAUGGCCAGCGCCGCCGGCGGCAACAAAUUUGGCAAGCUUGACGUCAGCCGCGUCUAUUUCGGCAACUGGCUCCGCGACUACAGCCAGGCCAUCGAUGUCGGAACCGUCAAGAAUGUCUCGGCCGAGGCUAUUCGCCUCCUCUUGUGCGUCCUGGGUUUCCUGACCUUCGGAUACGGCUCGCGCGAGUUCGAAGUCACGGCCGACCGUCUUGGCUGCUACCGCCCUGAGGAUCACAUCGACAACCCCAAGAACUAUGCCGAUAACCAGGAUGCCACCCGGUACGACCGCCGGCUUCGUGGCCCCGUAGACGAGAGCGUCGAGCUGGCUGUUGAUGAGGAGACGGGCUUAAAGAACUACAUCGCCAACGAGAGGGCUGGGAUUAUGACCAGCGCCCAGCACGUGAGGAAUCUGUUCGGCAGGUGCAUCGAGCUUGGGCGCUCGUACGGACGCAACCGGAACAAGGCCGAGCUCUACGAGGCCCUACGGCUGCUCGGCACUGGCCUUCACUGCCUAGAAGACUACUUCGCCCAUUCCAACUAUGCGGAGCUCGCUCUGAUUGAGAUGGGUGAGAGGGAUGUGUUUCCGCACGUUGGCCGUAACACUCAGCUCCGGAUUCCUGGUGCCCGGCACUCUGUGUACCCUGCUGUCACGGGCACCUUUGGUGGGGUUGACUUUCUGCACUCGGUGACAGGAGAAGUGUCGGACAAGCUCACCCAAAACGAGAUCCAGGAGCUCGAAGCGACCCUUGACAACAACAAGCGAAAUGACAACAGUGGCCUCAAGGAUCUCCUUGACAAACUUCCUCCCGGCCUCAUCGGCGGGGACAAGAAGGAUAGGCUCGAUGAGAUCCAGGAGAACAACGCUGCCGCUCAGAUGGAACAGAUGAACGUCUCGCCGCGUGAGCCAGAGGAGUUCACCCGGCAGGUGCAGCAGGUCUUUGGACAGAUCAUGCCCGUCAUCGAGUUCCACGACGAGAUUUUCCAGAACAUCUCGCAGGCGCUUGAGAAUAUCCCCAUUCUGCCUCAGAUCCUCGAGCAGUUCCAGGAGCAGAUGUCCAUGUGGGUGUUUACUCAAAUCGCGCCCUUUGUUCUACCGAUUAUCCGGCAGAUCAAGAACGAGCUCAAGACGGGCUCCUCCGAGAUUAUCGAGAGCAGCAAGAACGAGCAACAUAUCGUGUUUGAGGACGACAAUUCGACCGACCCUACACAUUCGAUGCUCUCCAAGGAUCACUUCACAAACAUCCUGAACGAGGUUGCGGGCAAGACGGCGAAGAAGGUCGUGGAAUGGGUGGUGCCGCAGAUCAUGCAGGCUUGGGACGACCAUAACAUGGACGUCGGUCGGCUUAUGAACCGCAUCAUCUCGGGUGUGCUUCAUCAUCCUGCCCAGCGCGAUCAGGGACGAGACGGAGCGGAGGAAGGCAGAAGCAUCAUCUUCCGCUCUGUCGAAGAGUGGUGGAAUGGCAUGGACGAGGGCGCCAAGGACGAAUACCGCCGCAAGCUGUCGCGUGAGGGAGUCGAGAAUGGUCAGAACCACAAGGAAGGCCAGCACGAUUCGGGACACGGCUGCGGCAAGCCGCUCGGUAUGCACAAGAACUUCGAGACAGGCGGCGGCACCAUGGAGGACCGCAUCGCUCACGCUGCGGCCGGCGCUCUCCUCGGCGGUGUCACAUCGGGAAUUUCCGAAAUCGUGAAGCAAGGCUCAGGGGGCCAAAUCAACAUACCAGCCUAUCAAUCCCAGCAGUCCAACUACUCCGGAAACUCGGGAGAGGGCAGCGGCAUCAGCAGCUUCAUCGGUAACCUCCUGGGCGGCCUCAACAAGGAGGAGACGUCUUCCUCGUCGAGAAGCUACGACCGAGAGGACGGCGGAAACACUCAGUCCUAUUCGCAAUAUGGCCGAUCCGACUCGGGCGAUAGGUACGGCCAGGCGGAGUACAGCCAGACAGACUACGACGAUGGUAGCCAGCGGAGCGAGUACCGCCGGUACGAGCAGCGGGAGACAUCUGGCGGGUAUGAGGAGCGGUCCGAGAGGCGCCAUGAGAGCAACCGAGGGCAGGAGGACGAGGAGGAGGACGAGGAGGAGUCUAGGGGAGGUGGCGGUUUUGGGGACUUCAUUGAGGGUGUGGCCAGGGAGACGAGCCGUUGGGCUGAAGAGGACCGUGACCGUGGCUACUAGAGCCUUGACUAAAGCCGUUGCGACAUGGCAUCUUCAGUCUCUGGCAUUUGGCAGGUACACGAGCUCAUCAGUGGGAGGACUAAAAGCGCGACUUGGGGGCUUGAUAUACCACUAAGCUCCUUCUGGGCGGGGAAAGACGAUGAGUAGAUGCUAGCAUCGCUUGGUGCCUGUUUACGGGGAAAUAGGCAAUUCAACGACAUCGGAAGCAGGUCUGGCUGAUAAGAUGGGAGAAGCGAUAGCACAUGCCACGAGACUAUGCAAAGGCACGCGUAAUGGGCUGUCGUCAGAAGGUGGCCGUGCACAAUGAGAGAAGGAGGGAUACCCAGGCAUCAUGGAGUGCUAGGAUUAUGCAAAAGUGAAGAGACAUUCUUGUUUUCCCGGCUGAGUGGUAGGGUGCUCUACUACAGUUAGCUUACCC